AGUGUCGAAUCCGCGAUAUCGUGGCGGACAGCUGCUGACUGGCAAUCAGCAGAGGAACAAAGAAGGCCGAGUUUGGAACGGCAAAAUACACUGUAUGACGAUGGAAUAGGUUUUGGAUAUGACCCUUUUCCACCGCCUCCACUUAUUAGGGACCAUCCACAUCUAUCACACCAGCCAAGUUAUGAAGAGUAUUUUGAUGCACCAUGCUAUCCAUACCCAUUUGAACCACCAAUGGGAAUGUGGGAUCAGCGAUUCUUUUACGAUGAGUGUGGACUUAAUCCUAUCGAGUAUGAAAAUUUCAUCAAUAAACGUCGCUCCUCCGUUGUACAGUUACCGCAAAUGCCGCCCAAACAGUUGCCACCAUCAUCUCGAUAUUCCGACUACAAUGAAAUGGCGCCAUACAGACCACGGCCGCGAAGGACUGCGGCAAGUUUACCAGCAACGCCAUCAUCGACACCAAAGCGUGGUCGGGCGCUACCUGUUCCUCCGGGCAGCGAAUCAGGUUGGGGGCGGAGAGGGCGGCGCCUGCCCAGGCCGCCCACGCAGCGCCAGAAGCCUGUGCCGCCCACCUAUACUAAUGUGCCUUACAAGCAAGAAACUGAGAGAAUACCAAAGGUACCCGAUGUUAGUUACGGUUAUGAGACAUUUGGGUACCAAAAAUAUCAAGACACUGCCAUUGAACAGUAUCAGGAUAAUACUUAUACCACAAGUGAUGAAGAUGGAAUGCAACCAUUCUUUAAUGAAACUCCCCACGCAACACCUUCGGCUACUACAGCACAAAAAUCUACAUGGGGUGAGAAUGAAAGUUCACAGUUUUCUUAUACGGUGACAGGAGAAGACAGUAAAUACAUAUCUACUACAGCGCCUUCGAAGUCGCAUUCAAAAAUAGAACAACCUGUUACUACAAAACAAUCGGUGUAUGAUACAAGCUUGUCAUACGAAAC